AGCCUCCCGCAGCGCCCGCCGCUCCCGCCAUGGGGCCAACUCCGGGCUCCUAAGAGUUGCAGGCUCUUAGCAGCGAGCUCUCCCGCCAAAGUCCCCGCAGGCGGGAUAUGGCUUAGGGCUCCAGAGGGGUCAGUCUAGAGAUAACAGGACAGAGCAAGGACAGGUACUAGGGGAAAAAGAGAGGAAAAAAGAAAAGCCGAACGAUGAGUUUCCACAAGGAGGACGGAGUGAGCAGCCUGUGCCAGAAGGCGCUGCACAUCGUCACCGAGCUGUGCUUCGCGGGCCAGGUGGAAUGGGAGAAGUGCUCGGGCAUCUUCCCCCCGGACAGGGGCAGCCAGGGCGGAGGCAGCACAGAUAUUUCCGUCAGCCUGUUAGCAGUCGUCGUCAGCUUUUGUGGCCUAGCCUUGUUAAUGGUCUCACUUUUUGUCUUCUGGAAGUUGUGCUGGCCAUGCUGGAAAAGCAAACCUGUCACUUCCAACGUCAGUGCCCUUCCACAGAGCAUUUCAAGUGCUCCUACUGAAGUGUUUGAGACCGAAGAGAAAAAAGAAGUUAAAGAAAAUGGAACGCCAGCCCCAAAAGCUCUUGAACCUGCAAUAAAAAUCAGCCACACUUCCCCUGACAUCCCAGCAGAGGUCCAAACUGCUUUAAAAGAACAUUUAAUUAAACAUGCACGUGUGCAAAGACAAACUACUGAGCCUACAUCUUCAUCCCGCCACAAUUCCUUCAGGAGGCACCUACCAAGGCAGAUGCAAGUCUCCAGUGUUGAUUUUAGCAUGGGCACAGAACCUGUUUUACAAAGAGGAGAAACAACCACCAGCAUUGGAAGGAUAAAACCCGAGCUCUACAAACAGAAAUCAGUUGACUCAGAGGGUAACAGGAAAGAAGAUGUCAAGACCUGUGGGAAACUUAACUUUACCCUCCAGUAUGAUUAUGAAAAUGAACUUCUAGUUGUUAAAAUUAUCAAAGCCUUAGAUCUCCCUGCUAAAGACUUCACUGGAACUUCUGACCCUUAUGUGAAGAUGUAUCUUCUUCCUGAUAGGAAAAAGAAAUUUCAGACCCGUGUGCACAGAAAGACUUUAAAUCCUCUAUUUGAUGAAACUUUUCAAUUUCCAGUAGCAUAUGAUCAACUAAGCAACCGAAAACUACAUUUCAGUGUAUAUGAUUUUGACAGAUUUUCUAGACAUGACAUGAUUGGGGAAGUGAUUCUUGAUAAUUUGUUUGAAGUCUCUGAUCUCUCCAGAGAAGCCACAGUAUGGAAAGAUAUUCAUUGUGCUACCACAGAAAGUAUAGACCUGGGUGAAAUCAUGUUUUCCCUUUGUUAUUUGCCAACUGCCGGGCGUAUGACACUGACAGUCAUCAAGUGCAGAAAUCUGAAGGCAAUGGAUAUUACUGGCUCUUCAGAUCCUUAUGUCAAAGUGUCUCUGAUGUGUGAGGGUCGAAGAUUAAAAAAGAGGAAAACAACUACAAAGAAAAACACUCUAAACCCUGUGUACAAUGAGGCUAUUAUUUUUGACAUCCCUCCAGAGAAUGUGGACCAGGUCAGCCUCUCCAUCGCGGUCAUGGAUUAUGAUAGGGUAGGACACAAUGAGGUCAUAGGAGUGUGCAGAACAGGGCUGGACGCUGAGGGUCUUGGGCGAGACCACUGGAACGAAAUGCUGGCCUAUCACCGGAAGCCGAUUACACACUGGCACCCUUUGCUGGAGUUACCUGGCCGGGCGACCAGUUUUGAUAGUCAAGGAUCCUGCUCGUCUCCCAAACCACCUUCCACGCCAUAAUGCCUCCAAAAUAAGAUCACUCUAAUAAGGACCUUGGGACACGUGCUUAUUGGAUCAGGGGGAAAAAAAGGUGGAAGGUUUGAUUUCCUCAUUUAAACUAAAUCCAUGG